UCAUCAGCGCGCGUCGCGUCCCGUCUGGACCGCAGCGUCGGUGAAUCUGGAGGAGGAUGAUUUCAGCGGCGGUUCUGCGCGCGAUCGGGCGCGUGACGCGAGCACGAGCCGCGUUCACAGCUCCUCUGGCUGUAAGAUGUUACUCUCAUGCCAAAGUGGAGAGCGAUGAGGAGUUUGACUCCCGCUGGGUGACGUACUUCAACAAACCAGACCUGGACACCUGGGAGCUGCGUAAAGGAAUGAACACUCUGAUUGGAUACGACCUCGUUCCAGAACCGAAGAUCCUGGACUCUGCUCUGCGCGCCUGCAGGAGACUGAAUGAUCUGGCCAGUGCCGUCCGCAUCCUGGAGGCCGUCAAAGAUAAGUCUGGUCCUCAUCAGGAGAUCUAUCCGUAUGUGAUCCAGGAGCUCAGACCCACGCUGCAGGAGCUGGGCAUCUCCACUCCAGAAGAGCUGGGCAUCCAUCAACUCUGAGUCUGCUCUCGGACUCCUCAAAGCAGGGUUUUUGUGAAUUGGAUGGGGUUUUCUACCUCUCUGCUCACCGUACGAUAUUCAGGAAGUCAAACACGGUCCCGUCCUGAAUAAAAACAAUGGGCCUAAUAAAUGAAGCAAUACUGAAUGAG